AAAUGGAGGAUGCAAAUAAUUUAGACAUCUAUUUGACGCAAGGAAUGAAGACAGUUAAUGACAGGGUGACUGGUUAAAUUUUGUUUCCCUGCCAGCUGCUGGUCAGAUUUGUUUUAUGUUUAUAUUGGGAUACACAUUUUUGAGGUCAAAAUGCCAGCACUAAUAGAAAGACCAAAGAUGACAAAAGCAAUGUACCAGGCGCUGAAACGUCACAUUAUUAAGGAACGGGAGAGGAAGAAACAAGAGCUUGAACAAGAUGCCCAAAUUGAAAGACAAAAGAAAGAGCAAGAACAGAGAAGAAGGAAAGAGCAGGAAGAUAGUCUGACAUUGGAGCAAACAAAAGAACAGGUCCAAACUAUGGACAAGAAAUUGGACUCCUUAAAACAAGAGAAACAUGAAUUGUUCUCCCAGCUAAAGAAAGUGCUGCAUCAGGAGGAUGAGACAAGGAAACGUGCUCAGCUAAAGGAACAAAGUGAGUUAUUGAGUCUACAACAAGCAUACCCACACCAUGCCAACCUGGCCACCAACCACCCGAUGUUAAUGCAGCACGGUCGACCAACCUUGUACAGACCAACACAGCCUGCUAUGAUGCAUCAGAUGAACCUGAAGCGAGCCAGAAGUCCAUCUCCUCCUCCAUCAACAGUUUAUCAACCAUACCCAGAGCCAAAGAUGAUCGCCACGGCAGUAGCCAAUAAACAUCCAGGCUUCUCACACCCCGCCCAGGCAGACUACAAGUCUGGAAACUUUCAACAAGGCCAGCCUACACAAGUAUCAUAUGCAAAUCAACAGGCAGCUAGUCAUGCGUAUCAACAGGCCGCAGCUGGAGCCACCCCCAGUUACACGAGUAGCAAAUCACCAGCUGGAAAAUAUAGUGGUUCAGGCAGCCAAUCAGCUUUCACUGCCUACCCUAAUCACUAUGCCACCCAUCAACAACCCAAGCAAAUUAACCCUGAUGCAUACCCAGGGUAUCCUGUACAGAGAGUGCAGCAAUCAGGAGGUUACAUGACUCCGAGCCACGGGGCAGCCAUUCCUCUACAGCAACAGUUAGAACAUGCUAAUCAGAAGGCAGGAUUCAAUGAAGAAAAGUACAAAAUGCAGCAGCAGUCACAGAUUAGAGGAGUGGCACCGUUGCCAGGACAACAAGCAGGGCUUGUUCAUCAACAGAUUCAACUUCAGCAGCAGCAACAACAACAACAACAGCAGCAACAACAACAGCAACAACAGCAACAGCAAUCAAGCAAGGGAAGUAUAAUGACGGGAUACUCAGCCAGAGGCCAGGCGCCACCGACCACCACAGCAUACAAACCAACCAACAAUCCUGCAAAUUUUCCAACACAGGGGGCUCCAGGACGGCCCUCGUUACCAGGACAACACCCAAACAGAUAUUACUGAAUCAACAAUGACCAUAUACCAACAUGUAUCACUAAGCUCAGCAUUAGGAAUAUAUCUGGACUGAUUAACAUAUUUGUGAACCCACAACUAUCAGGAAAACCUAUAAACAAAGCAGCUGUGGUGAUACAAAUUUAGUUUGUUCAAUGUGUUCAACAAGUAGGACAGCAGUUUUAUAGUUUUGUCAUUAUGAAAUUUUCAGAUUUUUAUUUUUCAUGUCAGUUUUCAUGUCAGACUUUAUAUAACUCACACAACUAUCAUGAAAAUGUGGAAAAAAACAGAGCACUUGUGGUGAUACAAAUUUUGUCUGUGUUCAAAUGUGACAACAAUUUUAUAGUUUUGUCUGUGUGAAUUUUUAUUUCUUGCAUUUACUAUUAUAGAGACCAUUUUCAUAUCCGACAAUUUGACCUAGUUUAUAAACCUCAAAAUUCCUAGUAAGGAUAUAGGGGCAUAGUCUGGAGAUAUAUUGUAUUUCUGGAUAUAAUGUAUUUCUGGAGAUAUAAUGUAUUUCUGGAGAUAUAUUGUAUUUCUGGAUAUAUUGUAUUUCUGGAUAUAUAUUGUAUUUCUGGAUAUAUUGUAUUUCUGGAGAUAUAUUGUAUUUCUGGAGAUAUAAUGUAUUUCUGGAGAUAUAAUGUAUUUCUGGAGAUAUAUUGUAUUUCUGGAGAUAUAAUGUAUUUCUGGAGAUAUAUUGUAUUUCUGGAGAUAUAUUGUAUUUCUGGAGAUUAGAUAGUAUUUUAAACAAUAAUCUUUUUUAUCUGAUUUGCAGAUUCUGAUUUGUAAGUCGUGGUAAAAGUUAAGAAAAUAGGUGGAAAUAACAAAAUGGACAACUUUGUAUAAAGUACUGUACCGUAUCAUCCUUGUUAUAUGAAAUCAUGUAUUCAUGAAUAUGGCAGGAGAUAAAAAUUUGCUAAAUAAAAUAUUGGUGAUUUACAGUAAUUAUUAUAAGUGCUAGUAAAGUAUCUACCUACUCAAGCAGUGCUACAGCAGCUUACAUUCAACAAAAUACUAGAUAUUUAAGAAGUAAUGAUAUUAUUACAGUAGUUUCUUGUUCUGAUGAUAGUCAGAUGUGAUGUUCAAGUAUCAUAAACAUUCUGUCUACAUUUCAAGUUAUUUUAAGGUUAAUUGUUCUAAAUGUUUAGAGACAUGGGCUGAUUCCAAUAUUUAAAGUUGUUUUCAUAAAAUGA